CAGGGCUUUUACCACGGGGACCCCGCCAGCACCGCGGUAUCACCACUCAGCUGUGGUCUAUGGGAGCAGCAUGUUUGUGUUUGGUGGCUAUACUGGAGACAUUUAUUCCAAUUCCAACCUGAAGAAUAAAAAUGAUCUCUUUGAAUAUAAGUUUGCAACUGGACAGUGGACAGAGUGGAAGACUGAAGGAAGAUUGCCAGUUGCGAGGUCAGCUCAUGGCGCAACAGUGUACAGUGAUAAGCUGUGGAUCUUUGCAGGAUAUGAUGGCAAUGCACGGCUAAAUGAUAUGUGGACAAUUGGCCUGCAGGAUAGAGAGCUAACAUGCUGGGAAGAGAUUGAACAAAGUGGUGAAAUUCCUCCUUCAUGCUGUAAUUUUCCUGUGGCUGUUUGCAAAGACAAGAUGUUUGUUUUCUCUGGCCAGAGUGGAGCAAAGAUUACCAAUAAUCUCUUUCAGUUUGAAUUCAAGGAAAAGAUUUGGACACGAAUUCCUACCGAGCACUUACUUCGAGGCUCCCCUCCUCCUCCACAACGAAGAUAUGGCCACACAAUGGUUGCAUUUGACCGGCAUCUCUACGUGUUUGGUGGUGCUGCGGAUAACACACUGCCCAAUGAGCUCCACUGCUACGACGUGGACUCUCAGACCUGGGAAGUUAUCCAGCCCAGCCCAGACAGUGAGGUACCCAGUGGGAGACUCUUCCAUGCUGCAGCUGUUAUCUCAGAUGCUAUGUACAUCUUUGGUGGCACAGUGGACAAUAACAUUAGAAGUGGAGAAAUGUACAGGUUCCAGUUUUCUUGUUACCCUAAAUGCACUCUACAUGAAGAUUAUGGAAGGCUGUGGGAAAACAGGCAGUUCAGUGACUUGGAGUUUGUUUUGGGAGAGAAGGAAGAACGAGUCCGAGGGCACACCGCAAUUGUUACAGCUCGCUGCAAGUGGCUGAAAAAGAAAAUCAUACAGGCAAGGGAGAGGUUGAAACAGAAAUCAAAGCAAGAUAUUGAAGAUGAGGGACAUGCGACGUGUCAGAAGGAUGGGAUUGGUGGGAAUGUCAAGUUGUGCCGCCUGCAGCCGCUGCUGGAAGUGCCCAUCCGAGAAGCUGAGGCGCAACCCUUCGAGGUGCUCAUGCAGUUUCUGUAUACGGAUAAAAUAAAAUACCCUCGCAAAGGUCAUGUGCAGGAUGUGUUACUUAUUAUGGAUGUAUACAAACUAGCCUUAAACUUCAAGCUCUCUCGACUGGAACAGCUCUGCCUUCAAUAUAUUGAAGCAUCCGUAGAUCUGCAGAAUGUGCUCAUUGUGUGUGAAAACGCUAACAAGCUUCAGCUGGAUCAGCUAAAGGAACAUUGCCUGAACUUUGUGGUGAAGGAAUCACAUUUUAAUCAGGUAAUAAUGAUGAAGGAGUUUGAGCAUCUUUCUUCAUCCCUCAUAGUGGAGAUUGUACGGAGAAAACAGCAACCUCCUGUUCGAACACAUUCUGAUCAGCCGCUUGACAUCGGAACAUCUUUAAUUCAGGACAUGAAGGCUUACCUAGAAGGAGCUGGGACUGAAUUCUGUGAUAUCAUCCUUCUCUUAGAUGGCCACCCACGGCCAGCCCAUAAAGCAAUCCUAGCAGCCCGCUCCAGUUACUUUGAAGCCAUGUUCCGUUCCUUCAUGCCAGAAGAUGGGCAAGUGAAUAUUUCUAUAGGCGAAAUGGUUCCCAGCAAGCAAGCAUUUGAAUCCAUGCUUAGAUACAUUUAUUAUGGAGAAGUAAACAUGCCUCCUGAAGACUCCCUCUACCUCUUCGCUGCACCUUACUAUUACGGCUUCUCCAACAACAGACUGCAAGCCUAUUGUAAGCAGAAUCUAGAAAUGAAUGUCACAGUGGAGAACGUACUCCAGAUUUUAGAGGCAGCUGACAAGACCCAGGCCCUGGACAUGAAGAGGCACUGCCUGCACAUCAUCGUUCACCAGUUCACCAAGGUCUCCAAGUUGCCAAAUCUCCGCUCCCUAAGUCAGCUACUCCUUCUUGACAUCAUAGAGUCGUUAGCUAACCACAUAUCAGACAAGCAGUGCGCAGAGCUGGGCUCAGACAUAUGACAUGCUUUGGUAAUCAAACUUUUCAUUUGUUCCUCAAAAAAACUAGCACUUUACGGCUGACUCUUUUUUUUACCAUUCCAUACUGAGCUGCUCAGAGUGUCUACACAACAUAGCAGGCGGCCCAGAGGAGCAUGGACAGCUGACUUGCUCUCCCGUGGAUUUGCUUGUUUUGUACCUUUGUGGAGAAGGGUUUGGUCUCUGUUAUGCAAAUGUAAAAUUGAAACCAUUUCAGGAAUGAACUUAUUCCACGUGGUUUUGGGAGUAACUAAGUUCAGAAUCAAGCCCAUUAUUACUUUUAUACUGUAAAAUAAAGCAGUCAUGAGUAAAAGAGUCAUUAAUACUUUGAAACACAAUAUAUAAAGAAUACUAUUUAAAGAACUUCAGCUGACACAGCCAGAGGCUGUAAGUGGAAGUCAGAUAUAACAAAACUGGAAACAGAGAGCGUGGUGUUCACAGUGAGGCUGACCAUUGGACCAGAAUGUAGUGACUUUUCAGAGACUCUCCAUGGCGUGGAUUAAAAGAUAAGCCCUUUUGCAGCUGCCUUGAUUGGUGGGCUGCAGGAAGCCCAGACCUGUGCUCUGCAGCAGGUCAGACUAGAAGAUUACAGCGGUCCUUUUUGACCAUCAAAUCCAUUAAUCCUGUCUCGCUAAGCCUUUCUAAAUCGAUUUAUUAAUAAAGAGUUAACAUCUUCUCCUG